GGCGGCGAUGGCGGCGCGGGCGGGGCUGAGGGCGGCGGGACCGAUGGCGGGGACGAGCCGGCCCCGGGGCGCGCCCAGGUGUUCAGCACCGUGGUGGACACGUUCCUGGAGAAACUGGUGGCCGCCGGGAGCUACCAGAGGUUUGUCAGCUGCUACCGCUGCUUCUACAAGCUGCAGCCGCAGCUGACCAGGAGCAUCUACGAUCAGUUCAUCUCCCAGCUCCAGGCGUCCAUCAAGGAGGAGAUCCAGGAGGUGAAAAAUGAAGGGAAUCUGGAGGGACUCUUCAGUUUACUGGAUAAGAUCGUGGAGGAGGCCAAGGACCGGGAGGAGCCAGCGUGGCGGCCCAGCGGGGUCCCGGCGCAGGACGUGCGCAGCGCGCUGGUGCCGUUCCUGCUGCGGCACCGCUCCCACCUGCGCCGGGCGCUGCACGAGAGGCAGCGCAGGAGCAGCAGCCUGGCCCAGGAUGUGCUCGCGGGCAGGGACAGCAUUGCAGAGCUGCAGCGGCUGAUCCAGGCUCGCCAGCAGGCCUGGCAGGCAAUCACUAAGGAGCAGCGAGAACUCAUCAUGACACUCCAGGAGCCCCAGUGAUGUCCCACAGGCUCUGCUGAGACAGCUCAUCAUCCCAAAGCACUGGUGGGACAAGGUGUGUGCAGAACCCAAACAGAGAAUCACCCCACCAGGCCACUGGAGACUGCAGAGGGACUGAAACAGCUGCUGGACUGGCACGGGUUGAUCAAAAAAAAAAACCAAAAAACCAACAGCAACAAAAGAAACAAAAAAUUGGGAUCUUUGGAAAUGGAUGGCAAUUCCCUAUUUCCUACUCAGCUAGGCAGAGGAGUGUCACAAAGUGUGUCUGUGCUCUCAUCUGCUCCGCUCAGUGACAGGCCUGAUUCCAGUUUCCAAAGCCACAUUUGGUGUUUUGUAGCUGUUUUAGCUGUGUGUUAGACAAAAUUCAGUGCCUUAAGCCCCAGGCCAGGCUGUGCCCAGGCCUGAGGAGCCCACAAGUGGGUCACAGCCAAGGCUCCUGCCUUUGUUUGCAAGUUCAUUCUGUCUCCCUGUGUUCACUGCCCUUGCAGAUGUGGCAGCAGCUGCUGCCCCAAGUUCCUCGUUACCAUUCCUUCUGUUCUCUUCUCAAGUUAUUUUCUAGCCCUGGUCCCCUCCCAGCAGCCUGAGGUAUCCAGGGAUCUGUGCAGAGGUUGGAACAGCCCUGCCUCCGCUUUGUGGGUUUGUAGCACAGGGUUUUAAUGUUUUUCCUGUGGAACCUUCCAGAGCCAGACUGGUUUUCCCCACCCAGAGUUGUCUGUUCCUGCCUCAUCCCUUUGUGGGCUGGGGAAGCCGAGGCUCCCAGGAUCUCCCUGGCACAGCCCCACCUGUGAGUGUUCCUGCAGCAUGGACAGGCUGUCCUGGGGCUGGGCAGGGAGGGAGGAGAGUCCCCCUGCACCUGCUGGGGACUGAGAGAGGUUCUGAGUGCAGCACAGCUCCGUGCUCCCUGCCCCAUGCCCAGCUGGGAUGGGGCAGUGGCUGCUCCACCACACCCCAGCCUCUGUCAGCAAUUAGAGCUGCAGAGUGGCUGCAGCAUUUCCCCUCUGCCUCCCCUCACUGUGCUGGAAUCUCAAUAAACUGGGGCUGUUCUUCCCAGCUUGGCUCCUG